AUGGGUGGGAAUCAAUCCGUUCCUAGAGUCACAGCGCAAGACCGGGCUAUCCUCGACUUGAAGCUUCAGCGAGAUAAGCUCAAACAAUAUCAGAAGAAGAUCCAGACUAUCCUGAAUCGUGAACAUGAGAUAGCCAAGCAGCAACUGGCCGCAGGUCAGAAAGAUCGCGCACUAUUCGCGUUACGGCGUCGGAAAUACCAGGAAAGUCUGCUAGUCAAGACGGAUGGGCAGCUGGAAAACCUGGAGCAGCUAGUAUCAACCAUAGAGUUUUCGCUGGUCGAAGUCUCUGUUCUUCAUGGUCUGAAGCAAGGUAAUGAAGUUUUGAGAGAAAUUCACAAAGAGAUGAAUAUCGAGAGCGUGGAGAAACUCUUGGAUGAGACGGCUGAGGCAAGAGCAUAUGAGAAGGAAAUCGGAGAACUACUAUCCAACAGUUUAACGUUAGACGAAGAAGAUGCUGUUCAGGAGGAGCUCAAAGCACUGCAAGAACAGGCGGUUCUGGAGCAAUCUCACGAGGAGGAUCAAGAGCUACCCUCGGUGCCGACAACAGAACCUGUCUCGGAAGCAGAGGAAGCUGGGAAGCUCGAUGCGCAACAAGGAAGAGAGCGCAUCCCUAUUGCUGCAUGA